UGUGUACUCACACAGUGCCGAGGCGCACCAGCGAGCAGCCCACACACUUGUCACGGAUCCCCGGCAUUAGCUGGCUCCUCUCCCCGGCCCCCGGAGCUCCCUCGCCGGCUUCCCCGUCACCCUCCUCCGGCAGGGGUCCCCAAACUAUGGCCUGCGGGACAGAUACGGCCCUCCAGCGUCCAAAGUCCGGCCCGCCGGUAGUCCCAAGAUCCUCUGCGGAAGCCUGGACAACAAUGUGAAUUUGGAACCAUGGUGGUGGAAAUGAAGGAAGCGGGCCGCCAACUCCACGCUCUGCUGAACUGAUUCUGCCACCUUUGCCGAGUGGAACCCGAAUGAGUGAUGGAAGUCCCGGAUGACAUGAACCUCUCCUUCCUGCUGGAGCACGAGCGAGACACCAUCCUGAAGGUGCUGCAGAAAGACGAGAAGCUGAGGAAGCGAGAGGAGAAGAGAAUACGGAAGCUGAAGAACGAGCUGCUGGAGAUCAAACGCAAAGGUUCUCGUAACGCGCCUCGAGAGUCCGGGGAGCGUCAGUGCGGCCGCUGCCUCAAGACGCUGGGCCUGAUCUUUGACCGCGGCGAGCUCUGCGACGACUGCGGGCUGCGGGUGUGCAGCGAGUGCCGUGUGUCCGCCACCAAGCGGCGCGAGUGGAGGUGCAACGUGUGUGCUAAGAUCUCAGAGCUGAAGGUGGUGACAGGAGAAUGGUUCCUGGAGGAGCGAUCCAAGCGCUUCGAGCACAAACUGUUGAGCAGUGACGUGGUUAAGCAAACAAUCCUGAGCAGCCCGACUGCUACAGUGGAUAAAAAGUCUGCUGACAACUUGUGUCUCCGUCCUGAGUCGGGGAGGUCCGAUACACCUAAGUCCAGCAGGCGCUCCAAACAUCUUGUAGAUGGACUGAGAAAAAGAGGGAGGAUGAAGAUGGACAAAGUCGGCAGCAGGCCUCUGAGGUCGGAGAACGGCUUCGACGGCCUCAACGUAAAGUCCGCCUCAGACGGUGACGCUCACAGCGUGCGAAGUGUUCACUCCGCUCCGAGUCAACACACAAAUAGCGGAAGCAUGGCGGCUUUCAACUCCUACGGGACACCGACCGCACUAAACAACAACCGGCGUUCCCAAACUCCCGACAGAUCUUCCACUUGCGGUAGCAACCGGCGGGUCAGGCAGCCUGAUGGAGCUGAGAGCGUUUACAGCUUCCACUCCAGCAGCAGCGCACCUGAGAGUAAAACUGCAGGGAACGAUGGGAAGAGCUCCGGUGCUCCCAUUAUUUCUGUGUCUAGAGCUUCAGUGUCAUCAGAUCACAGUCGUUCAGAAAUGGACCUGUCAGCCGCAGGUUCUGAAGCCAGCGACGAUGCCUUCAGUUUCAGAAGCCGCUCUGUCCUCGGCCUCAAUGACACAGAGUUCUGUGACCAGGAUGCGGAGGAAGACAUCGACGCCCUGAUGUCGGCUCACAGCCAGACGGCCGGCCACCGCCUCAACAACGCUGCGUCGAUGCCUUCCACUCCUGCCUCAGAGAGGAGGUGGGGCUUCCUCAAUGUCCCCGACUCGGACGCUGAGACAAGCAGCAUCAGCAGCAUGAUGAGCAUGUACAGCGAGACGGGUGACUAUGGCAACGCCCGGGUGAGCGGCGAGAUCCUGUUGAACAUCAGCUACAGCUACAAGACGGGCGCUCUAAACGUGAUGGUCAAAGAGUGCCACAACCUCGCUACGGGGGACGAGAGGAGGCAACGCACUGACGCCUACGUGAAGACAUACCUGCUCCCAGACAUGUCACGACAGAGCAAGAGGAAGACGAGCGUCAAGGCCAACAGCAUCAAUCCUGUCUUUAAUGAGAACCUGAGGUAUGUGAUCAGCCACUCUCAGCUGGAAACGCGCACUUUGCAAGUGUCCGUGUGGCAUCACGACCGAUUCGGCCACAACAGCUUCCUUGGAGAAGUGGAGCUGACCUUUGACUCCUGGGAGUUCGAUUCCCAAAUAGACGAGUGGUUCGCUCUGCAGCCCAAGCUGGAGAGCAGCAUGGACGCCAGCAUGCAGUACAAAGGGGAGCUGACUGUGGUGUUGAAGUACAUUCCUGCGGAGAAGAACCUCAUGCUGCCUCUGGACCAAGUACAAGGUACAUUACACAUCUUGACUACCACACGUACUACCAGCCAAUCACUGUGGAAUGUAUUCACAAAAUAAAUAAAAAAUAUGAACAGAUGGUAAAUAAGGUCAUACAAUAAGUAAAUCAAUCAUACAUUAACCAGUUAUCAUGUAAAUAAAUAAAUAGGACAUUAAAUCAAGCAAUCCAUAAACUGGUCAGAAAAUGGACAAAUACCUACAGUAAGUAAAAUAGUUAUGGUUUCAAUAAAUACACUGGUAAUCAAAUACAUAAACAAACAAAUGAAUCAUGAAAUCAUAAAACUGCAGUAGUCAUUCAAUCAAUGAACAAGUGAUCAAGACAAUUUAAUAAAUGAAUCGGUCACAGAAUAUAUUAAUGAAUAAAUAAAAAGAUCAUAAAAUAAGUAAGUCAAUGAAUGAGUGAAUGAACCAGCCAUCAUCCAGUCAUAAAUAGGUCUUUAAAUGAAUCAUAAUUAGUGAAUAAAUGAAAGAUUCAUCAAACAAAUAGGUCAUGAAAUCGAUCAAGGUGAUGAAAUCGACCUAUCAAUCAAUAAAGUGGACAUAACAUAUAUUAAUUAACUGGUCUUCAAAUAAAUGAAUACAUAAAUAAUUAACUCAAUUUAAUGAAUAAACGGAUCAUAAAAUAAAUUAAUUAAUAGAUUAAUUUCUUAUCGACUAAAUAAAUAAACACGUUAUGAAAAAAAUCAAUCAAUCAAUAAGUCAUUAGUCCAGUCAGUCCUAAAGAGGUUUUAAAAACAAUCAAUCAAGGAUUUUUUUAGUGAAUAAACAAAUCCAUUUUCAGACAAAUCUGUUGUGAAAUUGAUCAAUCAUUAAAUAAAGUGGACUUAAAAUAUAAAAGUAAAGAGGUUUUGGAAGCAAUCAAUCAAUGAACUAGUCAAUAAAUUUCAAUCAAUAAAUUACUGAAUAAACAAUUAAGCCAAUUGAAAACAUGUAUUGAUCAUAAGAUAAAUUAUUUAAUGAAUAGAUGAAUCUGCUAUUAAUUAAAUAACUGGAUCAACA